AUGGCCGAUUCGGACGGUUCAGGCGAUGCGAACGAAUCGGAGCACAAGGCGAAGCUGGGUGGCGGCGCGACCGUUCAAGGCGCCUUUGUCACCCACCCCACUGACCAUCAGUCGCAACACCAGUCGCACAAUCAGUCGCAGCAGCAGUCGCACGGUCGGCGACACGAUCAGUCUGCGUCGGAUCAUCCUUCGCCGCAGGACUCGAGUAUCGUCAGCAGCAGAGCAAGCCUAUCUAACGGCAAUAAGCGCGGACGGGGGGAGCCGCGGCAGCUGGCGCCGCCGGCGGCGGGGGUUGGGGGAGUGCCGCGCGUGAGCGUGCGCGGGGGCCGCGCGCUCGUCGUGAAUACGGACCCCGACGGGACGGACUCGUCGGACGACGAGCAGGAGUUCGACUAUAACGCGGAUUCGAACACGUGGACCUAUCGCUUCCUCUCCGCUCCGUUUCCCAGUACCCGCGGCGCCGCUGCUGCCGGCGCCGCCGCCCGCAGCGGCAUCAGCGUCGAUGCUAACGGUUAUUCUCAAUUUGGAAAGGCGGCGCCGGCGGCGGCAGCGGCGGCGGCGGGAUCGUACCCGAGGCGAUCGCGGGCGAAUUGGUGGUCUGCUUCGGGCGCGGCAGCGGAGGCAGCAGGGGCGGCGACUGGGCACAGCACGGGCGCUUAUGUAUCGUAUGCUUCUGCGCCACUACCCAUGGGCGCAAUGGGCGCGAUCGGCGCCAUGUCCGCAAUAGGCGCAACGGGCGGAACGGGCGCAAUGGGCGGAACGGGCGGAAUGGGCGGGGGUUCUGGCGCUGUGUACUACUUUCCCUACCGCGCAUGGCGUCCGGGCGACGAACGAUUCGCGUCUCAAUUCUCCUCUCGCGAAGGACACCUUGCGCCCGCGCGCGCACCGCCUCCGUCGGCGCAUGUGCCGCCAAUGCACAUGCAGCCUUUUCCGCCCGUUGCGCCAGUCACUCCCGCCUCGCGCUCCCGCGCGCCUCCUCCUGCUGUGUCCGCAUCGCGCGACGGUGCGCUAUUCGCUGCGCCGGCGUGCUGCGCCUCUGCCUCCGCGACCUCCGCGCGCUGCCCGCCCCGCGAGCUAUAUGCGCACUCCGCUCCGCACAUGGGCGGGGAUCUGCCUGCCGCCUUCCCUUACUAUUCCUACCCUCCUUUUUCCGCCGCGUCCGCGCCGCCGCCGUGCGGAGUGGCGGGGUGCUACGACUGGGCGUGCAGGCGCUGGCAAGGGGGCGCGGGCGCGCCGAUGCCCCUUCCGCCUCCCGCGCCUCCGCCGCUUCCGCCGCCACUGCCCGCGUGCUGCUACCCUGUGAACGGCAGCCGCUCGUGCGGUAACUUGCAUGCGGAGGGCGGUGCUUUGGACGGUGCCGUGGGCGCGCCGAUGAGCGGGCUGGCACAUGGGAGGUUCGCGCAGCAGCUCAGCGCGCAGCAGUUGGGCGCGCAGCAGCAGCAGUCGCCGCCGCUGCAGCAGCGCGGCGCAGUGGUGAUGGCGCCGCAGCAGGCAGUGGCGCGAGGGGGGGAAGCGUGGGGCAUGGAGUGGCGUGGAGAGGAGCAGCAGGGGAGGAAGGAGGAAGUGAUGGGAAGGGAAGGAGGGGAUAAUCAUGCGAUGGCACUGCCGGAUGGACUGGCAGCAGGCGCGGCAGCAGCAGCAGCAGGUGCAGCAGGGUGCAAGCACAAAGAGGAGCGCUUGAGCGCGAUGCAGUGGACAAGCAACAAGGAGCCGUAUCCUCGCUCGUUCCCCCCUGCUGCUGCUGCUGCUGCUGCUGUUUCGAGUGCGUCAGGGCUCGUGACAGGAGUCGCAAUGGCUGCGGCAGGCAUGAUGUGUGAAUCAGCUGGAGUUGGAGGAAAAACCCCAGCAGGAGAAGCUCUCUUGCACCCGCCCACAGCAGCAGCAACUGCAGUAGCAGGGGCACGGGUGCAAUCGUCAGCAUCACCACCAUCUGCAGUUAUGCAUGCGGUCUCACCACGUGCUGAAGCAGCAGCAGCAGGAGGAGCAGGAUCAGGAGCAGCAGCAGGAGGGGCAGGGGCAGCGGCAGGAGCGGAGGCAGGCACGCUCGCGGCAGCAACGACAACAGCAGCAACAACGGUUACAACGUGCGGUUACCGCGGGGUGCGGCAGCGGCCGUGGGGCAAGUGGGCGGCGGAGAUCCGCGAUCACACGCGCGGGGUGCGGGUGUGGCUGGGCACGUACGACUCUGCUGACGCCGCUGCCCGCGCGUACGACGCUGCUGCGCGUGCCAUCCGCGGCCCUCGUGCCAAGACCAAUUUCGCUCCGCUUGGGGAAGAGGGCGGGGGUGUGGGAGAGGAUGGGAGUGGCGGGAGUGGUGGUGGUGGCGGUGGCGUUGGUGGUGGUGGUGGUGGUGGUGCCGGUAGUGGUGGUGCGGGGGGGAGUGGCGGGGGCGGCAACAGCAGCAGCAGCAGUGGUGUCUGCAGCGGUGGAACUGCUCCUUCUUUCGCACCUGCUCCCCCUGCUGCUACCGCUGCUCCCACUUCUCUUAUUUCGUCUCCUCCUACACCUGCUGCUGCUGCUGCUGCUGUUGCUGCUGCUGCUGGUGCUGGUGUCUCAGCUGGAAACGCGGCGCUGGCUGGUGUUCCUGUCACGUGGCCUGUCACCACCAGUGCUGCUGCCCGCACGCCACGCUCCACCACAGGCAGAACGGCAACAGCAGACAUUGCAGGAUUAGAAGCGUUCACUGCCACUCGCUCUGAUGAUGCCUCGUGCGCCAGAUGCAGACCCUUCAAGCGCAGGUGUGGAGAAGCGUCCGUGGCAAAGCGUGUGGGGGCAGGCGGGCAGGCAGCAGGAGAGACGGAGGGAGAGGCAGAGGGAGGCGCGGGUGGGGCAAGCGGUGAGGAGGAGGUGGAGCGGCUUGGGUGUGGGUCGUUUGAGAGCGUGGCAGCGUCGGGCGUGUCUGAUGAUGCCUUGCUGCUGCUCCCCACUGCUCUUGCUGCUGACACCGCUCCUGCUGCUACCGUUGCAGCUGCUGGUGCCGGUGGUGGUGGUGGUGGUGUGGGUGGUGGUGUGGGUGUGGGUGUGGCGUCUGCGUGUGUGCAGGACCUAGACGACAUCUCCUGUGCGCUCUUCGGUAGCGGUGGCGGCGGCGACGACGACAGCGACGAGGGCUUGCUGCUGCUGCACGGGGACCUGUGCCUGGACGCAUUCGACCUGCCCAUGGACUUGGCGCACAUCGAUGGCAUGGCCCAACUCCAUGAUCUCAAUGACCUGGACGAGUCGAGCAGGGAGGACGAGGAGCAGGCGGACAGGAAGGGGUAUGUGGGAGAGGAGGGGGGGGAGGAAGGGGGAGAGGAAGGGGGAGAAGGAGGGGGAGAGGGGGUGGAGAUGGAGCGUCUGGGCGAUGAGUUGGAGAGGGGGUUUGUGCUCGAUGAUGUGGAUUUCGACUUGACACUGGAGUUUGAGCACGAGGCCAUGGCACUGGAUGAUGUUGACGAGGAGGGGGAGGAAUCCCAAGAAAAGCAUCACGCGGAUGCUUCUGCUGCUGCUGGUGCGUCGCUGGGGAUUGGUGUGGAGGUAGGUGGGGGGAGGGAUGGCGGGGAGGAGGAGGAGGAGGAGGAGGACUUAAUGGGCGGGGAGUUGGAGUUGCUGGAGGGUUACGGUGCUGGCACAUGCAGAGUGGCCACUGGUGCUGUUGCUGCUGCUGUUACUGCUGCUGUGCCAAAGCAGAGUGGCAGGUCGGAGGGGUGCAGGGAUGGUGCACGUGCUGUGGCUGCUGCUGCUGCUGCAGCGAGCGACCUCUUUGAGUGGAGUGGGCCCAUGUGCGAUGCGGGAGAUGGCAUGGUCGAGAUCUCCUUUGGCCUCGACUAA